GGAGACGCGGCUUAAUGGCCGCCGCCGAGCGGUGCCGCGGCCGUGCUGACACUCAGGACUGUCAGUGGAAACCAUCUAAAACUGUCAGUGAUUGACACUCUCUGACUAUCUUUGAAGACCUUUCCUCCACCUUGAAAAUUGCAUUGAGAAGGAAGAGAUCUUGUGAGAGAUUCCCAGCACUUCUGAGAUUGGUGUCUUGGCCUUGAGUUCCAGCUGCUCCUUUCAUCAAACAGAAGCAGUUUCCCAUGGCAGUGCCUACAGAGAGUUGCACAGCACCUGUACUGGUUUUACAUUUUAAGCUACCUUAUGCUCUAGGUUGAAGAUGGCAUCAUGCCUUUAUGAAUGCCUUUGUGAGGCAGAACUUGAAAAAUACUAUCCCCACUUUGCUGCCUUUGGUCUUCAGAAAAUUGAUGAGCUUGCCAAAGUUUCCAUGGAAGAUUACACCAAACUGGGGGUCCAUGACAUAAGUGACUGCAAGCGACUUUUUCAGCUCAUUAGAAUAAUCAAAAUUAUGCAACAGGAAGACAUUGCAGACUUAAGCAAGCAAGAUUUUCAACCACGUGGCCUUUUCAUUCAGCCUCAGGUGACCAGAUCAGGUCCCCGUAGACAGCUGCGUUUUGAAUCCUUCUGUGAAGAAAAUGAUGGAACAGUUAAAGACUCUGAAUCUGCAUUAUAUUGUUCACCUGAUUUCAGUGCCAAUGAAGAGAAGAACAGCGUAGGGGAAAUUCUGGGACACAUCCCACCACACAAUUCAGAACCAGUCAGAUUAACUAGAAGAGACCUAAAUACUCCUGGAAUAGGUACAAAAAAUGACCUGAACUGUCCAACAGUUUCUGAUGAUAUUGCUCCUCUCCUGGGGGAUUCUGAAGCUCCUAUUGUACAAAGAGUAACUCACACUUCAGGGUAUAAUUACGGACUACCUCAUUCCUGUAUCAGAUCCAAUACUUCUGACAAAGAGACUCCAUGGACAGAGAGUGAAAAAAUCAGAGUGUGUGUCCGAACACGUCCUCUCUUCCUGAGGGAACGGAGACGCGGUGAGGUUAAUAUCAUCACAAUGAGAGAUAAAGAAACCCUACUUCUCCACGAGAAGAAGGAAGCAGUUGAUCUUACACAGUACAUUUUACAGCAUGUCUUUUAUUUUGAUGAAGUCUUUGAGGAGUCAUGUACCAAUCAGGAUGUGUAUAUGAAGACAGCUUAUCCUCUUAUUCAGCAUAUUUUUAACGGAGGCAAUGCAACUUGCUUUGCAUAUGGGCAGACUGGUGCUGGCAAGACUUACACCAUGAUAGGGAAUCACCGGAACCCAGGACUCUAUGCUCUGGCUGCCAAUGACAUCUUUAAGCACCUGGAAGCAUCACCAUCCAGGAAAGAUCUUACUGUUCUGAUCAGUUUUUAUGAGAUCUACUGUGGACAGCUUUAUGACCUGCUAAAUGGAAGGAAAAGACUUUUUGCAAGAGAAGAUGGUAAGCAUGUUGUUCAGAUUGUUGGACUGCGAGAGGUUCAGGUGGAUUCUGUAGAUCAGCUGUUGGAGGUGAUUUUGAAGGGUGGAAAAGAACGUAGCACAGGAGCUACUGGAGUCAACUCAGAUUCCUCUCGAUCUCAUGCCAUCAUCCAAAUUCAAAUUAAAGACACAGCCAACAGGGCAUUUGGAAGGAUAUCAUUCAUUGACUUGGCUGGCAGUGAAAGGGCAGCUGAUGCCAGAGACUCAGAUCGACAAACAAAAAUGGAAGGAGCAGAAAUAAACCAAAGUCUUUUGGCACUAAAGGAGUGCAUUCGGGCAUUGGAUCAGGAACACACGCAUACUCCUUUCCGGCAAAGCAAAUUAACUCAGGUGCUAAAGGACUCUUUCAUUGGCAAUUCCAAGACAUGUAUGAUAGCCAAUGUAUCACCGAGCCACAUAGCUACAGAGCACACCCUGAACACUCUGCGAUAUGCUGACAGGGUCAAAGAGCUGAAGAAAGGGAUUAAAUGUUCUAUCCCUGUCACAAGCAGGCGUCGCAGAGCUGGAAAUGUAUCUCCAAAACGUGUCCAAAGCACUCUCUGUUUGCCACCUGGAGAAAAGAGCUCUCCGAAGAAAGUGAAGCUAGGCCUACAGCAUCCCUCAGGUGCUACAAAACCAAAGGCAUAUCGUGCAGCAGCACUCCAGCCACCCGGUGUCCCUCUUACCUCUACCCCCAAGGGAAUGGGCAAAGGACAUGCCCACAAAGGAAAUACCAGCUCUCCCUGCUUCCACCACACCACCCCCGUUAAGGGAGUUCUACGGAUAACACAGCCCCUGAAGAAGAAAAAUGAUGAUCUAUCCCCCCACUCUGAAAAGAGCCCAUCAGUGAAGGAUUUCAUUACCACAGCAGAAACAAAAGAGAGUGGCCAGCAAGACAAGAAUUUGCAAAACAGAACACUUGUCCAGUGCCUAAAAGUCCAGACAGUGCAACCUGUUCAGAAACAGCUUGUUCCUAGAGAUGAUAAUUUCUUUGAAGAUGAAAAUCUGCCCUCCGACAGCAGACAGGAAUGGGGAAAUACUUUUGCUAAACAGUCUGUUGAACUCUGGUCACAUCUGCCUCCAUUUCAGAAGGAAAGGGAAGAGCAUUUACGUCUUUAUCACCAGCAGUUUCAGCAGCCCCCUAUUCUACAGCAAAAAUUGAACUGUCAACCCCUUGAGAGGUUUUUAGUGCAGUACCAGCCUGAGGAGAUUCAAGUGAAGCAGGAGCUGAGCCUUACUCCAAUUGAAGUGCAGAGCAAAGAGGGGAUGCAGCUGGAAGAUCUGGAUGACAGUGAUUUCAGUGAAGAUUCUUUCUCACCUGUCUGUACUCAAAAGAGCGUGAAAAGAAGAAACACCAACAAAUGCAGUCAAUAUUCAUUUUUCCUUCAUGAAAGAGAACAAGGAACCGAAGAAGAGCAAAAAGGCCAAAAGCGACAGGAUUUAUUUUUAAAAUAUGCAAUACCCAUGCAAGAUCAUGAACUAGAUGACAGCUGGGAUUGUAGUGAGGGCAGCCCAGAGGCAGAGGAAUCCAUUAAAAAUGCAGGCUGCAGCAAUAUUACUGCAGACUGGAGCUAUGACUUAGCUGUUGAAUCCUCUCCAAGCAAUACUGCAGAAAAACCUUACUGCCUGCAGGAAGAACCUGCUUGCAGCUGGAGAAAUGGCAAAGAUUUCCUAGCUGAUCACAAAGAGUACAAGUCCAAACACAGACGUCUUGUUUACUCCAAUGAAGCCACCUUAACUCCUGAAAAGGAUGCUUCAAACCCAUAUGUAUCUCUUGUAUUGAAAUCAGAAACUCCAGAAUGCAAAGAGAUUGAUCUCCAGCACGAGGAGAAGGAAGAAUCCACUUUGGAUAAGCAGCCUGGUCUUGCAGGAGGUGUAAAAUGGAAAGCUCGAAAAAAUGGAGUUAGCCACUGUGUAUCUUCCAGUUGUUCCUCAGAAUUCCCUUCCGAGCUCAUGGCCCCUCUCAGGGUGUCCCUUCUUGAUGGUGAGGACAGAACUGAAACAGAGAAAGUGUCUUCCAACCAAGAGAAGCCCCCCUGCGAGAAGCAGGUGCCAGACAGUGACACCCAGAGCAGGUUUGAGGACGAGGGCUGGCAGUGCACCAGGAGCAGAGCUCUGACCGACAGCAUGCUGGAGCUGGCGGAGCAGACCCGCCACGGGGGAAGGCACUGCGCCCUGCUGGGCUCCUCUCAAGCCGGGCACAAGUGGCUCCCACCCACCUGCGGCCGUGUGAAGCCGUGCUGCUGCCGCCUGGGAUCGGAUUCAUCCAAGCAGGGAGUCCGGCGCAGUUUGUUUGUUGGACAUGACCCGACAGAAACAUCCGCAGCUGGAUCUGCAGGCCCCGGGGCAGAGAGAGAGGGCGGGGGACUUUGCAGUGACUCCCCCUGCAAAGAACGCGCAGGUGGCAGAUGGUGUGGUGCUGAAGUUAAUCAGCAUAACAAUGCUGGUAAUUCAGGAAAGUCUAACUCAAGUCAAGGGCCGGGUCCUGAGCGCAUGGCUGAGGAAACAAAUUCGGAAAUACCUGAAAAGAGCUAUGCAGCCCAGUCCCCCUCUCAGGAGAGCAGCCUGCUGCUGCAGCCCAAGCCAGGAUUGAGGAAUGAGGACCUCAGCUAUUCUGAAGACCCUGCCAAGUCAUCAUUUGGCAAUGAGGAAACAGGAUUGCUAAAAACCAAGUUAAUCCAGAGUAUUUUUACACAAGAGACUUUUGCUGCAGAUGCAGGAUUUGCAACCAAAGAUAAUGAGCCAAUAGCAAAUGCAAAGAGCCCCUCACACAUGUCCAGCAGCAGCUCUCCAAGUGCUGUGUUAGAGAUGGGGAAAUGGCAGAGGGAAGCCCUAGAAAAGGCACAGCAGGCUGUAAUUCGUGCCCAUCGGCAGCAGCUGAAUGAAAUGGCUUGCUUGUGCUUCAAGGAGGAGUGCUUGAUAAAUCAGAUGUCAGCAAUGGAUUUUCAGAAUUUCAUGACCAUGCUGGAUGAAAUCUUGGUGCUGAAGUCAAAGUGUGUCCAAACGAUGCGAGCCCAGCUUCAGCUCUGUUUAGCCUCCCCUGGCACUGACACAUCACUGCAAACACCUCCACCUGUUUAGACCUUCUUUGCUUCCACAUGCACUGGAGCAGCUAUGGAAAACACCAGCCAGCACUUUGCUACACUUGGUGCUGCCGAGUGUGGGUGGUAGGGGAUAGCUUUUGGUUUGAUGUUUGUGAUUAGUGUGCAUUUUAUAUAAGGAUGGAGAGAAUUCUGAGUAAAUAAGAAUGACUAAUUGGCACCAUAAGCUUUGUGUUUCAUUAAUACCAGUAAACCACAUUCUGAACAGUAACAAUUCAGCAGCUUUUAAAGAUCUCACCAAGCAGCAGGCAAAUCGUGUUCAUGUAUCAUAGCAGCUUCUCACAUGUUAGAGGCAAUUCUGUGUUGCCAAGUAAGGGAAACAACUUUGAAGCCAGAUACAGGUCUGAACAGAAAUGCUUAAAAGCUACCCAGAAGAGUGUUUGCAAACAGAAGCCAGGAAAGAGAGAGGAGCCAAGGGUUGUUACACUAACAUGACUGGACCUUAAGUAACUGGAAGUCAAGGCAGGGCAUGAAAUGCUGUCAAUUUCAGAAGGUAGCCUAUUGUUGAAUUAGUGCUUGGGAUCAACCCUCCAGACCUGAAGGAGGUGGCUCUAAGUUAUGGGUAAGGAGUGGUUUAGCAGGAAUUUUGUACCAAAGAUUGAUCUGGUGUGUUAAUAAGCAUGUGGGUUUCAUGCUGCUGCCCAUGAGGAAGAGACUAGCAGCUGCACCUACUGCACACCACUUCUGAUGCCCGCACUGUGUGGAGCUGAACGGAUUUCUCACAUGAAAAGGGGGUCUGUUUGGAGGCACUGGCAUCCAGAAGCUGCUGAUAGCACUGUUAUGUGAAACUGGUAUUUGAAUGAAGAGCUAUGGAGCCAUCAGCUUUAGCCCUGCAGAAGCCCUGGUGCUGCAUGCAUUGCAUCUGAACCACAAAGCCAGUCCACUUGCUGAAGGCACAAGUAACCUUGAGACAUGCUCGCUGACAAUGUGCUGUGUGAACGCUCCCACUCCAAAAUUAGGGCUGUCACAGCACAUUCAUCCACAUCUCCUCAGUAAUGCCCGUGGUAGCUCAUUCAAAGCCUGCUCAGUAGCCAGAAAUGCCAAGGGUAAUGGAACACUGCUGUCUGACCAGCUGUGGGUUUUGCUGCCUGCCUGCACAGCCUCCUUGAGGAGCCCAGGCUGGGCUGAGCAGCAGGACAGUAAUCACAGUGACACUCUGGGAUGCAUAUUUGGUGCAAAUACUCCCAGGAAUGUCACCCAGAAUAGGCCUGGGGAACAGAAGCAAAUCCCACAUCACUGCCCUGAGUGUUGGGCUGAUUUUAGCUCUGUUUAGUUUCCGUCUUGCAACCAAGACUGGAUUUCUCUGUGGAGUUCCUCUGGGGUCUAAUGUUAUGGCUCUCAAAACAGUUCCUGUGUCCUGAUUACAGGCAGCAAGCAGCAUGUCACACCUGAACCUGGGUCUCACAGCCACUGUUCAGAAGCCUCCCUCACUCACCCAGAGAAAUGAGGCAUCCAGGAGCAGACUCUUGAUAUUUCUGCAUGGCACAGAGCAGUGGUGUCCGAUAGCCACUGGAGAGCUGUAAAGCAGUGGGGGUAUCAGCAGUCUGCUAAAACCACGGAGGGAAGAGCAAGUGUUUAAAGCCAGCAACCCCCUCCACUUGCUGGGGCCAGGGAGAGCUUUCCCAUGACUAAGGUGAGGGGAAUACAAGGCAGCUGGGUAGUCCUUGUCCCUUCUGAUAGCAUAGAUUGGAUGUAGGACUUAGUUUCCCCAGCAUGUUCUCAGCAAGCAUGCAGCAAACACUGCUGUCAGGAAGCAGUUGAGGAGUUUUGCAAGUCUGUUUGGAACCAAGGAAAAGGUCAGACUGUAGGAUGUGUGCACAGGUCACAGGAAAAUGUGAUGCCCAGUCAGAAACAGUGUGAGGGAGGAAAAUUUUCCCUCCACAUAUUCUGACAUUUGGGAGAUGAGUAUUGGUUGAUUGCACUUUCAGGUUUUUAAAAAGCAGCUCAGCCAAGUAUGUUCACAGGCAUUUCGAGUGUCUUACACAAGCUGAACAUUCCUAAGCAACACACAAGAAUCAUUUGCACAACCCACAGUGCCAUGUCCUAACAUCUGCAGGGGCAGUUGUGACAAGACAGAUGAGUGACCAAAAAUUUCUGUGAGCAGAGGAGAUGUGAGUUAAGUCAGCUGCCAGAUUUUACCCACCUGUGAAUCCCAUCUGAUCUAUUGUGAAAAAAGCAAGUCUGUCUGGUAGAUCUGAGCCCCAGCACCAAUUCCCAGAGCAGGAACUGUUUGCUCCCUUGAGGAACAGCCAGGGACAGAGAGAAACAACAAAUAAUCAAAACAACACCACGCAGUUUUCCGAGGUCUGAUACAAUCUUUUUUUUUUAAACAGGUUACCCAGCCAAUCCACAUGACUAUACCAUCUUAAAUGUAACAUUUUAUUAUGUCUGUUCUCCAAAUUUUAUUUUCUCCACUGAAGGUGAGACUUGACUAAAAUAAAAAAAAUAAGGCACCUGGCUGUGAAAACCAGCCCAUCCUUGGCAAUAACAUGGACAUGCUUGAAGUGCUGCACUCCAUGAAGAUACCAACAAUGGGUUCCUCACAUGCAACAGAAACUAUCAAGCUGUUGUCAGAAAUAGUAAUAUUUUUCUCUCCCCUUUGAGGGUUAUUACCUAGUUGCUGAUUUAAUUCCUCUGUGAAAAUGUGCUAAAUGAACAUUUUAAGUGUCAUCCCCUCCCUACUGUUUGGUAGGAACAACUGCUACAAAGGCUUUCAUUUCAACUUGAAGAAUAUGUGUGAAAGUGUCAUAAAAGCAAUCUAAGAGAUUUAGAGAGCUUGGCCAUGUACAAUCAAAUAAACACAGAACUAAAAUGGAUUCACUUUUGUAUUUGGAUGCAACAAUGACUAUUAAUACUUAAUAGUAGAGGCUUGAUACUUUAUUUCAAUAGUUAACACAAUUAAAAAUAAAAUCUAUUUACUACAGAA